AUGGGCAAACACAGCAAAAUCUACGGCAAAGUCGUCGGAAAAGACGCCUCUGACCGCCCCGGCUGGAAAGGCCCCAGCUUCACCAAGAAGAAAGCCACCCCACCUACCCCUACCCCUCCAAAAGCCUCAAAACCAUCAUUAGAAGAAGAGAAAGAAAGCGCAAUUCCACUAGAACUCCAACAACUCCUGCUCAAUGUCUUCAAAGACACGUUUCCGGACGUCCUAGGGUCCGAUGAUCGCCAGCAGUUAUUGCAAGAGGUGAAGAAUGCGCUGUAUGAGCGGGAUUUUAAGAGGGCGUUUGGGAGUGAGAGGUUUUUGGAGACGUAUGCGAUGAGGUGGAGUCCCAGUCGGGCGGUUUGUUAUUUGGGUGUUCUUGUUGAUGUUUCGGGGUUCUUGAGUGGGAUUUGGGAGUUAUGUGGGGUGCUUGGUGGUGGUGAGGUGGAUGGGAGGGAUGAGAGGAUGCGGGUUGUGGCUUUUGGGGGAGGUGCUGCUGAGGUUGUUGCUUUUGGGGGGUUUGUUCGUUAUUUCUUUGUUAAUGCUUCAUCGGAGGACAAUGUUGGAGUUGAGCCAAACCCAAUAUCUAUGACGGGAACCCAGGAAACAUCGACGUCGUCUGGAUUGGAUCUUGUUCUUGUUGAUAGCGCUGAAUGGGGAGAAGUUGUUCACAAACUCACACACAGCAUCACCACACCACCUCCACUUUCCAAGUAUGCCAAUGCUGCCGCCAAAGCAGCAAACGCCUCCUUACUUCGGAGCAAAGAUAUCAAGACCACGUUUCUUGCGGAAGAUGUCCUCAAGAUGACAACCAGUCAGAUGAGCGAUCUCUUUGGAAAAUCACCCGUGCUUCUUACCCUUUUGUUUACUCUCAAUGAACUCUACACCUCAUCAAUCAGCUCCACGACCAAGUUCCUCUUGAACCUCACCAUGGCUGCCAAGCGAGGAUCUCUACUGCUCGUGGUGGACAGUCCGGGAAGCUACUCGGAAACAACGGUCGGAGAGUCAACCAAGAAGUAUCCUAUGCAUUGGCUACUUGACCACACCCUGCUUGACACGUCGAAGGUAGACGACAAGGCCGUGUGGGAGAAAUUAGUGUCUGAUGAUUCGAGGUGGUUUCGAAUGCCCGAGGAGCUGCGAUACCCGAUCUCAUUGGAGAAUAUGCGUUAUCAGAUUCACUUAUACCGACGAGUAUGA